GAUGAACACCUGACUCGAUAACUCGCACAACGAAUUGUGUUACAACAAAUAUUUGUGAACAAAAAAAAAAAACACACAAGAAAAAAUGCUUGAAUAAAAUACAUAAAAAAGGUAUAUGUGUUUGUGUGCUUAGUGAAAAAUGCGAAAUGCAAAUAACGCCUAAAAGCAUGCUAAACAAUUUUGAAAAGUUUGUUUGUUUGACGUAAAGUGGAAAUUUUUGAAGAUUUGCUUGCAAUGUUUAGUGGUAUCAGCAUACUGAAACAAAUCAUUUUCGUGGCAUACACAUACAUACACACACACUUACUUGGUUGUGAGUCACAAUACCAAUAUUUAGUGAGGCAACAAUUAAAUUAACGCCAUCACAGCUAAACGAACAAUCGAAUUAAAUUUGAAAACAACAACAGAACCACAACAAAAAACAAACCACCAAACUGGGUGAAACUGGGAAAAAACCAAAACAAAAACGACUAAUCAAAUUCAAAUAUAAAACUAACUUCAGAAUGCUAGAGACCAGAUCAACGGUAAAUAUACCGUUGAAUGGCUUACGAAAGAACCACAAACCAACGAGUUCCACAACGGAGAACGGCGGCUACAACGCUUCCGAUGCUGAAAAGGGUACAGUCGGCAGCAAUGGCAAGAAUGGCAAUGCGGACAAUAAUGUGGUCGAUAUACCCGAAGCUGUGUUGGAGAAACUGUUUCGCAACUAUGUUUUCAAACAGCGGCGUGCAGGCUCCAAAUGGUUCAUAUUUGCUACAUUUCUUUGCACCAUUUGGAUCUUGAUUAUACCGCACCAAUCGGAGAUGGUACCGAAUGUCAUUUGUGUUUAUAUGCUUAAAGCGUUUCUGGUGUUUUCCACCGUCACUUUAAUAAUGAUGAGAGUAAUGCUGGAUCGGCGCGUGCUUGAUCGCAAGCGAUUCGAAACGGUGCACAAGCGUUUAACGCUGCACGGUACGCUUAUGCUUUGGUUUCUAUUUUUCGCCAAUAUUCUAACCUAUUAUGAGCUACAAACGAAACCAUCGCCAAGAGAAGUGCUAGGUUGGAUCGCACUUUUCAACUUUCUCAUCUAUAUUACCUUGCCCAUGCAGCUUUUCUAUGGUGGCUGUCUGUUGGGCUUUGCGAGUUUGGUUAUGUUUCCUCUAACCGCAUUUACGUAUGGCAAUAUGAGACCGCUCUUCUGGGAGCAAAUGAUAGCCAGUUUUAUUAUGAUUUUUACUGCGGCUCUUAUUGGUGUGCUGUGUUAUUUCAUGAGUGAGGCGAAGCAGCGGCGUGCUUUUCUAGAGGCUAAGAAGAGUUUGGAAGUCAAAAUGGUUAUUGAGGAACAAUCCGCUGAACAGGAACGUUUACUACUGUCUGUACUACCGAAACAUGUAGCUGUAAAAAUGCGACAGGAUCUUGGUUCAACAAGCUCGGAGCCGUUCAAGAAAAUUUAUAUGAGCAGGCACGAAAAUGUGAGCAUUCUUUAUGCGGACAUCGUUGGAUUUACAGCCAUAUCGUCUACUUACAGUGCACAGGACCUUGUUAAAAUGUUAAAUGAACUAUUUGCGCGAUUCGAUAGUCUAUCUGAGAAAUACCAUCAGUUAAGAAUUAAAAUCCUUGGCGAUUGCUAUUAUUGCAUUAGUGGUGCACCUGACGAACGUCCUGACCAUGCUGUGCUCUGUGUACAUAUGGGUCUUUCAAUGGUGGAAGCUAUUAAAUAUGUGCAGCAGAAGGCCAAUUCGCCUGUUGAUAUGAGAGUGGGCAUACACACCGGUGCUAUAUUGGCUGGUAUACUUGGUCAGCGGCAGUGGCAAUUCGAUAUAUACUCCAAAGAUGUUGAGUUGGCUAAUAAAAUGGAAUCAAGCGGCAAAGCCGGACGUGUGCAUAUUUCGGACAAAACUCUAGCUUUUCUUAAUGGCGCUUUUGAGGUGGAACCGGCAUAUGGUGAACGCAUGGAUGAGGCUUUGCGUAUAGCAGGUCUGAAGACCUACUUCAUAACCAAUGUUUUGAAACCGUUCUCCUCGCCCGUUGCCAAAAGAAAUAGAGAAUGUAGUGAAAUUGUUGCUGGUAAAAAAACGGAGGCUGAGAAAAUGGCAAUCGUUGAGAAGGCAGUUGACGGUGGCGCUGUUAGGAAUGUACGUCUAGUGAAAGUAAUCAGUCCGAACACCAACUUCAAAGUACGCCUACAGGAGGAGCUAAUCGCACGAGAUGGUCAUGAAGAUCUCUCGAGUUGUACGAAUAUCUUCUUGAAAUUCAAAAACAAAGGUUUGGAAGCUGCAUAUGCCGCUCAUCGUGAACCCUUCUCUUCGCUACCAUUGCUCGCAACUUUGCUCGUGCAGGCGUUAGACAUUGGAUACUCAUAUGCAGUGCUUCCAAGAUCGCAGCUGCAUCUAAUAAAUAUUUCUGCACCUUUAAUACCCAUGGCUAUGCUUAUCUUUAUUUCAAUAGCUGAGAGUUUUCCAAAAUAUUUACCUGAAUCCUUAGUAAGCCUUAGCAAACGUUUCAACGACAUAACAUUCGUGCGGGAGUUGACUGCGAUUAUAUUGGCCAUGACCAUAGGGCUCAGUAAUGUUGUGGAUAUGUAUUUCUAUGUGACCUACUUGAAAACGGAUCAUGUUGUUUUGGAUAGUGAAAUCGAACCCAUCACCGAGGGUGAGGGAAUUAUUGCUCCAGCUGAGCCAUCUUUGGCAUCAUUGCUAGCAAAUGCUACUAUGGCGGAUGAAAUUCAUAUGUUUCCCUCAUACAUGAGUAAUUAUGCCGUGUUGAUACUGAUUGCGAUUGCCGUCAUUGCCCAGCUGACACAUGUCACAAAAAUUGUUCUAAUGAUCGUUAUAACAGCCCUCCAUUGCUAUUGCAAUAUAUUUCUCUUGGGCGAUUUAUAUUCAUUCGAGGACGAACUGGCCGCCAAUCCCACAAUACCCACCGCUUACAGACUGUCAGCGGUAUUAAUUCUUGUCACGUUGGCAUUGUCGUUUCUUGUGCGUCAUGUGGAUCGUGAGGAUCGUGUUAUAUUCAAGUGGAAAACCGAAGUCGCUGAGCAGCGUGAGAAGGCAACAGAUAUGCGUCGAAGAAACGAGGCACUUGUCUACAACAUACUACCCGUGCAUGUGGCCGAGCAUUUUAUGAAAAAUACUAAACGUUCACACGAUGAUCUUUACUCGCAGAGUUAUGCUGAGGUGGGUGUGCUGUUUGCGAGCAUGCCCAAUUUUUCAGACUUUUAUUCCGAGGAAACUGUAAAUAAUCAGGGACUUGAGUGCUUGCGCUUUCUCAAUGAAGUUAUUUCGGAUUUCGAUGCGUUAUUGGAGCUACCGCAAUUUCAAGAUAUUAUUAAGAUCAAAACAAUCGGUUCCACUUAUAUGGCUGCGAGCGGCAUUAAUUCGAAUCGCGUAAGUAAACCCGACGAUCCGAUUACCAAACGCUGGUCCCACUUGGAAGUGCUGGUUGAAUUCGCUUUGGAGUUGAAGAAAGCUUUGCAAGGUAUCAAUGAACAGUCGUUCAAUCAUUUUGUGCUCAAAAUGGGUAUCAAUCAUGGUCCCAUCACGGCUGGCGUAAUUGGUGCACGUAAACCACACUAUGAUAUUUGGGGUAAUACGGUAAAUGUGGCAUCGCGCAUGGAGAGCACGGGUAAAGCAGGCGCUAUACAGGUGACAGAUGAGACUUGUGGCAUUCUCCAAGAAUUCGGUUACACCUUCCAGCAACGUGGACUUGUUAGCGUUAAGGGCAAAGGACAACUAAUGACUUUCUAUCUGCAAGGUAAAACUGAUAAACGCAGCAUCAACAAACAAACAAUUCAGCAAGCGACAGAGGAUCCAAUUAAACAGUCAGUAGAAAACCACCCACAACCCACAAGCGAACAAUGCAAUGGACACUCGGCAUUAGAACCCGAUAUAAAAACACCACUACUAGAUGUGCUGGCACAUGAAACGAAUUCAACGGCUGAUGGCGAAAGAGAUGCAUUAAUAAACUAGAUUUUACGAAAAUAAUAAAAAUGACAACAACAAAUAUGCAUGCAAGAAAAAACAACUCCAACUACAUAUACUAAGCCACAAAAGAAGAAAAUAUUCAUAAAAGCUUACAUAAGCUAAUAGUAACAGAAUUAUGUAAAAUAAUGUGUAAUGGUUUCCACAAACUGAAAAUUAAAUUUGCAUGUGGAAAUAUUAAUUUGAAGGUCCAAAUACACAUAAUGUACACCCGAAAGGUGCUUACGUCCCCCAAACAAGAGCAACAGAAAAUGUACAGAAGCAAUAUUCAAACAGUCAUAUACUAUAACUACAAGCAUAAAACAUACAUACGUAUACUUAAAAACUUUAACUAAAAAUAGAACAUACACUUAUUUAACAAUAUAUAAGUAUAUACUUAACUAUAUAACGUAAAGCAAACGACAUACAUAAGAAAUAGAAAAAAGUAUAAGAAAUAUAAAAAUUAAGUAACUAAAGAUAUUUAUUAAAUGUGAUUAGCUAAGUAGUAAAAUACAAGUAGUUUUGUUUUUGUAAGAAUGUAUAUUUGCAUUUUUCUGGGCUUAUUUGUAUACCCAAUUUUGACUGCCAGACUUCCAUUAUUAUUAUUAGUAUUAUAAAAAUAUUUUAUUUAAAAAAAAACUUGCUAUAAAAAAGUGAAUAUUUUUUUAAUGAUUUUUCAUUAUAACAAAAUCUAUAUUUUCUAAAAUUUUUUAACGGUUUUGUUUUGACAAAAAUUUGCUUUAAAUCUACUAAACUAAGAAAAUCGCACACUCAACGAAAUCGCAUGAUAUUUUAUAGCUAGCUUGCAUGCAAUUUUUUUCUAACUAAGCAGCUCACCGAAUAUUUAAAAGCAAUACACUUUAAAACAAUUCUUAAUUUAUAAAACCGAAUGUUUCAAAGCAAUACACUUUACAAUAGUUGUUUAUUUAAAUUUAAUUAAUAAUUUAUAAUUUUAAUGAAAAUAUAUGUGCUUAUAAAUAUAUUAAAAUUUUUUAUUUUAAGAUUAUAAAAGGUGAUCCGUUUCGAGGUUCCCUACUUUUUUAAAGAAAAAACACAGAAUUUUCAAAUUUAAUGGGGAACAAAAAUAACAUGACACUUUGACACGAGUCACGCGUGAUCUGUCAAAAAAAUGCUAUUGAAAAAAGUACCUCUAAUUGGAGUUUUUUAAUUGGUACAUUUUUUUUAAAUUAAUAUUAUUUAGUUUUUAAUUUGUACGUAUCUACCAACUUAUUGUUACCGAUGCAGAUUUUGAAAUUUUUUUUUAGUAAAAAAAGGAGUGGGUUGAGUGCAAUGCAUUAAAAAAUAUAAAUUAAUAAAUAAUGCAAAAAAUGGAACUAGCACAUCACAAAAAAAAAGAACCAAAUUUUUUUUGAAUCCAGAAUAUUUUUUAAAAAAGUUUCAAAAUUCUAUUCAAAAAUGGAAUUAGCACAUCGGAUUAAAAAAUGAUCUUAUAAUUUGAAAUACAGAAUUGAAAGCAAAAAAUGUAAUCCCAAAUGCCGGAUUAAAAACAUAAUUUUAAACAGCUAAUCCCAAGUUUGGAAUUAAAAAAAAAAUUGAGUUUAUAUUUUUUCGCGUUUGCGCACUUCGUGCUCUACGAUUUUGAACUUAAGGUUGCACAGAGCCAUUAUCCUAUUCAAAACAAUCUAGAACAGUGUUACAAAUUCUAACGAUCUAUAAUUUAUCAAAUUUAAUUCUGAUUUUCAGAUUAAAAAAAAUUCAAAUUAAUUAACAUUUUGGAAAUCAAAACUUAAUUAUUAAAUUUUAG